UGUGCGAGUGUGGGGACGCGAUGCACCGCACUCAUACAAGCGCAGGCGUGGAGCGAGGCAAUGACGUGCACGAAGUGUUAUCCCUCAUUACAAGAUUCGCUUCCGCGCCGGCCGCACGUACACUAGUUGUCUGACGACCUCUUUUGUAGCGGCGAGUUCGAGUUUGUUUACAUCGUAGCGAUGCAGCGCGUUAGUUAGCUAUUGUGUCAUCGACCGUGCAGUUAUCGCUGAAAUGAUUGAGGACAAUGCGCGCCAAGUUUUUGCGACGGAACUUUUUGUGAACUUUUCGUGAAGUGACCUCCGGACUGGAGCUUGUGCCAUUGUGAUAGUGAUCUGAACAAUUGAACUUUUGAAGAUUUUUCUACGUGAGUUUUGAUUCGAGAUUUUGAAAUUUGAACUCGUCAAUCAUCGCAUUUGAAAAUCUGAUAGUGGUGGGAAAAAGCCGAGAGUUGGCACUCGAUCGUUUGAAGCAUUUAUGCAUAAAACUGCAAGUCCUCGCUUGAAAAGACUUUGUGAGAGACAAAGAUGGCUAUAGCGUUUAACUUGCCUAGCGAGAGGGAGGCGACCGAGGAGAACUUCUCCCGCCUGAACCGGCUCCUGGGUGAGCUGUACGAGGUGUUGUGCCAUAUCCUGGUGUCACGGCAACCUGGCCAAGAGAACCAGGAGAACAGACGAGGUGAGUGCCCUCGGGAAAAUAACACACCACCUUACCACUUAAGAUGCAAUUCGACCUACAUCGUGAACCUUGUGAUGGUCGUGGCAAUAAUCAAAGUAUCGCUCGCGUCUUCACUCUUCAACACCAUAAGAUAAAACCGAAGGUGAAUAAGUGUUGUUGUGAUACUGCAAAGCAGAUAUGGACUAUUGUUACGUAUUUCUAAGCCCUCUCAUGUUUGGUUUAAGAGAUGUUGUGUCCAACUGCACUUAAAUUGUAAAUGGUGGUACAGCAUCGAUUGAAAUGAAAAUUUUACAUUUUCAUUUUAAUUGGUGUCCGCUCUAACAACCGCUUGAAUUUUGCUUUUCGAUCCCAUUUGAGUGAAGUUCGACAAAACGUUUCUAAAUAUUUUUAGCGACUGCAUUUAAUGACGAAAUAAAAUUUUUGAAAUUUGCAAAUAUUUUUGGAUGACUUUGUUGUAAGCUCAUGCUUUUUGUACCAACAUUUAACCAUUGUGUAAGUACCUAAAUAAUAAUUCCGAUUUAUCAUAAAAAUAGUGUUGUUAAGUUUUAAUGUUUAGUUACAUUUCCAUUUGAUCUCCAAUUUUGUUUAAUGAUUUUUUAAACGCAGAUAAUUUUGAGUAGUUUAAUUUAUUAUGUCAAAUAAGUUUAUGGUCUCGAUAGUAUGAUUUAGUUUAGUGAAAACAUUUAUAUAAUCAUAAUUAUUGAUCAUACGUAUAUGGAUCUCAAAUUUUAUUUUA